AUGGAGAGCAUGAGGGGCAUCUUGCAUAAGACCAGCGUCCAGGAAGCUCAAGAACGGCAGGCAGCAGCUUCACUCGCUGGGCAAAAGAGAAGCUGGUCAACAAGUAUUGCGACUACAUCUGCUCCCGCUUCAGCUUCCCAAGGCUCGGCCCGGUUUCAAAAUGCCCUUCAUUUUCUCCCACCUGCUACGAGGCUUUCUGCCAGCAAAAUUGUCACGUUUAAUGCAUCAGAGGACCCCUCCGAGUAUACCCAGCGGCGUGUAUUUGCGGCUACGCCGUCUUCUUCCAUAGACCCCGAGCUCGAUCUUGCUCAUCCAGUAUAUAAUCUGCCGCCUCAGCUUAUUAAUAACUUUGCUUCUCUUGGCAUUAAGCAAAUCUACCCAUGGCAGAAAAACUGCCUCAAGGGGCCGGGCUUGCUUACAGGUGCUAAAAAUUUGGUUUAUUGUGCUCCCACAGGUGGUGGCAAGUCGCUUGUUGCUGAUUUACUCAUGCUGAAAAGGAUAAUGGAGGAGCCCGAGACCAAAGCUCUCCUUAUCCUCCCAUAUGUUGCCCUUGUGCAAGAAAAGGUCCGCUGGCUGCGCACUGUUGUUCAGGGACUCACUGCAAACCUGGAUCCUGAAGCACUGGAGAAGCAAAAAGCCAGUAGUAUAUGGCGACUUCGUCCAGAUCAUGAUUCGAUCAAGGUUGUCGGUUUCUUUGGCGGCGGUAAGAUUAGAUCUACGUGGCAGGACUUUGAUAUUGGCAUAUGCACCCUGGAAAAGGCAAACAUGCUCAUCAAUACCGCCAUUGAAGACUCAUCCAUAUCCCAACUGCGAGCUGUAGUCCUCGACGAGCUUCACAUGAUUGAUGAUGAUCACCGCGGUUAUCUUCUCGAGUUGAUAGCAACUAAACUCCUGAGUUUAGAGCAGCCUAUUCAGAUCAUCGGCAUGAGCGCUACUCUUCCCAAUGCGAAUCUGGUCGCCAAAUGGCUUAAUGCACAUUCUUACGAAACUAGAUAUAGACCGAUACCGAUUGAAGAGCACCUAGUUUGCGAAGGAAAAGUUUACCACAUCGGCUCUAACGGUGCUACGACGCAAAAACAAUUAAAAGUCGAUGAGAUAUCAAAGGGUCAGGUGGAUCCUAUAAGACAGAUUGAGAUGUCUAGCCACAAGGAGUUCCGCGAUCCAGUCCUGAAUGCAGUGGUAUCUUUGGCUCAUGAGACCGCCUUGAUGGGCUACGGCGCUUUGGUAUUUGCUGGUAGUCGAGGCAUUUGCGAAUCGGAUGCUCGCCUGAUUAGCAGAGUGAUGCCUCAGCCGCACGAGUUGGACAGCAGAACCAUGGACAAACGGAUGGAUCUACUGAGCGAGCUGCGGAGUCUCAGCACAGGGGCCGAUCCUGUGUUGGAGGAAACCGUCUUGUCCGGCGUGGCAUUUCAUCGUAAGUCCUCCCUCUUUCACAGAGACCUCAUUGCCGAAGCUCCUGCUCGAAGAGUGAUCCUACAUAAUGCAAGGAUGGGACGUGAUUUUGUUGGUCCCUCCAUGCUGAGGCAGAUGAGAGGCCGCGCCGGAAGGCAGGGCAAAUCACCUAUUGGAGAGACAUAUCUAUGCUGUCGCCAAGACGACCUGGAGCAGGUCUUAGAUCUCAUGUAUGCGGAUAUCCCAGAGAUUGCCAGUUGUCUCAACACUGAAAAUAAGCGGGUUCAACGAGCCAUUUUGGAAGUCAUUUCCGUGCGCUUGGCGAACAGCCAAGAAUCUCUCCUUGAAUAUUUUUCUAAUUCUCUCAUAAGCUAUACUCACGAUCGAGAGUUUGUGGAAAACUGCUUAACGUCGGGGCUGGAAGAAAUUCACGACCUAGGGCUAAUUGUCAAUGACUCUUACUCGAGUUUUGCAGCGACGCAGUUGGGCAAAGCCAUUGUUGCAUCCUCCGUUGACCCCUAUGAUGGAGUUUUUAUACAUUCCGAACUUACCAAGACGCUCAAGGCUUUUGUCAUGGAUGGAGAGAUGCAUAUCCUCUAUGUCUUCACUCCAGUUCAAGAUUUUGGCAUCGUAGUCAACUGGCAAGUGUUUCGCAACGAGAUGGACGCUUUAGAUGAGAGUGGGCUUCGAGUCCUUGGCUUUCUGGGUAUCAAGCCGACUGCCGUUCUCAAGUUUGCUCAGGGAGUUCCACUUAAGGAGAGUACACCCGAAGAGAAAGAACUGGCCCGUGUAUACCGUCGUUUCUAUCUUGCCAUGCAGCUUCGGGAUCUGUGCAAUGAGAUGCCGAUACAUGUGGUUGCUCGAAAGUACGACUCGCCUCGAGGUUCUGUGCAAACACUUGCGCAGACAUGUCAGGGUUUCGCGGCAGGCAUGAUUAAGUUUUGCGAGCACAUGGGAUGGGGUGUCAUGGCUGCUGCCUUGGAACACUUUUCGGACAGGCUGAUGGCUGGUGCAAGGACGGAUCUGCUGGAGCUCGCCAAGAUUCCUUUCAUCAAGAGCCGCACAGCUCGAGUCUUUUGGGAAAACGGAUAUCGAACCGUCGGUGCUAUAGCAAACGCCGAUCCAAAGGAAUUGGUUCUGAUUCUGAUGCAGGCCCAGCCAAAUAAACUGCGGAUCAAGGGAAAAGUCGACGAGAUAUACGAAGAAAAGCUACUUGCCAAGGCGAACGUGAUAUCAGCUUCGGCGAAUCGACUAUGGCGUAAGUGGUCACAUCUCGUCAAUGCAAGUUGCGAUUCUGCAUUUACCCGUGUUAACUGUGUGUCUAGAAGUUCAAUUGCAGGCCGAAAUGGCCGAAGAAUGAAUGGGCUCUAUUAUGUGAUUACUUCCAAAUUGUUUGGUGUCUUUUGUUGGCAGAUUUAUGUUAGGAAGUCAUAUACCUUAAUCGGCGCUUUUACAAAGAGAUAUAUUCUGUUUCUAGCACCUGUACAAGCAAGCUACCUAAAUUCAUAUCAUAACAAGGGGAUUCUGCCCCCAACGGCAACGUCAACGGAUGAAAUAAACUCUAAAUCACUGUCUCUCAAAACUUCACUCCGCCUUCUCUGCAGCCCAAAACGGCCUGGAUGCUUUACUUCUAUAAUUUCCAUCAUCGAUUUCUAAGACAACAAAAAAAAAAAAAACAUGUCCUCGCUUGCGCAACUAACAUAAUGAUCUCUCUAAUGCAUUGCCCAAUGUUGCUCAUCCGCCGCUCGCAGAAAACCUUGUUCAUGAACCCCGUCACCUCAUCUAGUCAGCCAAGACAUUCCUCAGCAUAAUCAGGAAAUUCUCCUUGAGCUUGUGGACCUCGGAAAUCGGCGGCUUCACAGGCUCUCCCGCUGAACGACGCAGACGGUCACGCUUCUUAGCUCGUCUCUGCCUCUCAGCAUCUAUCGGAUCCAUGUCGUCUUCCUCCUCCGCCUCAGUCUCCGAACCAUCGUCGUAUGCCAAGUCCUCUAGGUCUUCGCCGUCGAGGCCGAAAUCGGACGAGCUGAAGCCGGUCGGCAUCAUGUCGCUGCCUGGCGCUCCCUCCGCUGCCAUCUUCUGCUGCGUCUUGUCGCUAUGCCACUUCUUCCGGGCCUCUUGCCAUGCAAUCAGGGCGUUGAUCUCCUCCACGGCCUUCUCCUUGUUG